AUGAUUGUUUUUGGAGACAGCUUGUCAGAUGAUGGAGUUGAAGCCGAAGGAGAUAGUCAUGGCUUUUUGCGGAACUGUAACGGUAAAGUAUGGCCAGAAUAUGUUGCCGGGAUGCUUGAGUGUGACAGAGUAAGUGAUAUUACAAAAAUUAAUUUUUUAAAGACACAUCUUCAGUACAUUAACUAUGCAUAUAGCGGAGCAAAAUCUGGCGUCGGCAAUUUUUAUUUUGAAUCAUUCUCAGGAUUAAGAUGGCAAAUCGAUCAAUUUUUCACCAGCAACAAAUUUAUAUCUGAUGGUAUGACCGCAAAACAGCUCAUCGUUUAAGCCUGAACGCACGGGGUUCCUAACAUUGUAAGAAGAUGUGAGCAAGCGCGCUCUAGAGAUUCAUCACACGCUCUGCGACGCAGUGUAUUAUAGGUGCACUGGACAGAAAGGGCGCGCUGUUCGCAAUCUGGACGAAUUUCUAGGCCGCGAAGUAAUUUUCCACUGAAAAUGUGGCCUAACUCUUCAAACUCGGCCCCGAGGUCGCUCAAUUUGCACAGCAAAAAUAGUUUCUCAACAGAGCGCCAUUUCUGUUUGGUGCCCCUAUAAUACGCCGUGCCAAUGUUCUAAUAUUGACCGAAAAGAAUACGUUUGCUUCGCUCCGAAGGCAAUUACCACAUGACGGUAAAUUUGUAAUUAGUUCCUCAGGAAACUUGUUAUUAAUCUAGAUAAAUAAAUUAGCAAUCUAAUUAAGUAUGGUUAUAAACGCGAACGGUCGCGUAUUGUUCGGAACCCUGUGGAACGACACAACAAUUCUAUCUUAACAGUUUUCAGACCCCUUGAUUAUUUUGCAAACGGGUGGAAUUGUUGAUUUUUUUGGUGGCGAAUCAAAUGUGACAGAAGUAAUUGAGAACAUUCAACAGUCUAUAGAAAAUGUCACUCAGGCUAGUAAAUUUCUAACUACGAAUCUGAUUGUAAGCGACCUUAUAGACGUUGAAUUCGGGCACGCUUGUGAUCCUAUCAUUACUGGACGUCUCAAGUAGUCCAGGAGUUCAAGCAGCUGAAGAUUCUACUAUUCUUCAAGAACGGUUGGGAUCUGUCAUCGCCGAAACUAAUAGAGUGAGCCAGUAUGGGUUGGUGAAAUUAUGAAGUUGAUUGCAGAAGCUCCGUCAUAUAGUCUUAGACAGUGAUCUUGGGGCACGCCGAAUGAACCCGUUUCUUCGGGUUAAGUUGAUAGAUAUAAAUUCUAUUGCCUUGGCCGCAAUGCAAUCUCUUAAUACGUCAGAACCAUUCACGCAUCAUUCUCCAAAUGUUUUGUGAGUUUAAAAUGUGUAUAGUGUAACCAUUUCAGUUAUCCAAAAAAUUUGAGAACUGCUUUUCUGAGUACCAUUUCAGACCUCAAUCAGUUUACCGAUAUGCUUACCACGACCUCUGGAAUCCUUCUACUAUUGUGCACUACCAUAUAGCCAAAGAGAUUGUAAGAGAUCUACAACAGUUUUGA